AUGCGAUUCAACAGUCUGCGCGCUGUGGAGGUGAAGCCGCUGCUACUGACCACUUCGACCAGCAGGCCGUGGGGCUGCCUCGCGGCGGUGGCGGCGGCCUGCCUGCUGGGGGCGCUGGUGUUCCCAGGCCUGGAGCGCGAGGAGGAGCUGCAGCGGUACGAGCGCGCCCGGAGGAUGUACGAGGACCUGAACGCCCUCGCGCGCUUCGGAGGCUGCGACGAGCGGCUGCUGCGGCGCCUGCCCUUCUGCGAGAACGCGGCGAGCUUCCGGAGCCGGCUGACGCCGUUCUUCGGGCCCGACACGGGCAACUCGAUGGUCGACAGGGAGGCGUGGACACCGUUCGGCUCCGCGCAGUUUGCCCUCUCGCUGGCCUCCACCGUCGGCUACGGCGCGCACGUCCCGCACACGCGGUGGGGCAAGGCCGCUACCGUCCUCCUGGGCCUCGCCGCCGUGCCCGCCUUCGUGCGCUACGCGCUGGGAGUGGCGUCCCUCCUCCGCGAGGCGGCGAGGGGCUGGGCGCACCGCGCGUGCGGCCGGGGCGCGGGCGCCCGCGGCACCGGCGCGGCCGCGGGAGAGGCGGCGGCGGCCUCGCUGGCCCUGCUCGCCAUGCUCGCGGCGGGGGUCUGGCUGGGCGGCAGCGCCGCGUUCGUGGCGCUGGAGGCCUCCUCCGGCCAGUGGAGCUUCGCCACGUCGCUCUACUUCUGCUUCGUGACCCUCAGCGGCGUUGGCUUCUCCAACGUGCUGCCGCGCUCCGUGGCCGCCAGGGGCUUCGCGCUGCUCUACAUAUCGUGGGGCUGCUGCCUGCCCAUCGAUCCAGUGGAAG